AUCCAGUCCAGCCCGAUCUUCCUGCCACUCGCCUUCUCUGGGAGGAAUUUACAACAAACAAUUAACUCGUCAACCUAAAGUUCGCGAGGUGCGAGGAAACUCGGAUCCGGAAAAAUUCACGCGGUCACGGGAGAAACCGUGCAAACUCCAGGGAUCAGGAUCGAACUCGCGUUGUUGGAGCCGGACUACCCAUUACCUCGAGCAUGUCAGCAUGGUCAAUAUCUGAAUGAGAUGAAAGCCUUGGAAUUACUCAAGAAACGGCUAAAUAUCACGUCUUGGACAUUCAGGAUCUCCCGGGAAAGCUAAAGGCUGAGUGAAUAAUGUCCCUUGUCACUAUUUGUUUUGGAGAAUAAAGACAUUUUGAGAAGACCAGAUGAAGUCUCGGUGUAAUCUGCGGGAAGUGGCGGGGCAGGACGAGGGUGAAAAGAGGUGGGAGUUUCCUUGUGUUUAUCUUGGGAGGUUCCUAGGAUCAGUUGUCAAACGGGCGAGGCAAGCGCAUAGCGCGGGAUGUAAUGGGACGAGAGACCGAGCGAGAUUCAAUUUUCCGGAGCCCAAAAGGAUUGUAGAAGGAUUUGAAGUCAUGGGCGACAAAGAAACGUGUGGUUUAUGCUGGGAAGAUUUUUGGAAUUAUGAAACUCCGAAAGUUGUGGUGGUUAAAAACAGAAAUUUAGGAAUUAUCUACAGAAUCAUCCAACUUGUCAUCAUCAUGUACUUUGUCGUGUAUGUUUUCAUCAUUGAGAAAUCAUACCAAGAAAGAGAGAGCGCUCCUGAGAGUUCUGUCAUCACUAAGGUCAAAGGAAUUGCAAUCACAAACUCCUCCUUGGAAAGAAAAAUAUGGGAUGUUGCAGAAUAUAUCAAACCUCCAGAGGGUGGAGAUAUUUUCAGCAUUACCGUGCGAACUAUGACAACCCCUUUUCAGAGACUGAGCACGUGUCCUGAGAGUGAUGAUGUUCCCGGAUCUGAAUGCAAAUCUGACCUGGACUGUGAGGCUGGAGAAAUGGAUCAACUUGGAAAUGGAAUUAAAACGGGGAGAUGUGUAAUUUUCCGUGACAUGAAUAAGACAUGCGAGGUCGAAGCGUGGUGCCCAGCGGAGAAUGAAAUAAACAUGAGAGACUCAGUACUGGAAGGAGUACAGAAUCUUACUUUGUUCAUCAAGAACAGCAUUAAUUUCCCGAGGUUUGGGUUCUCAAAAGGAAAUAUUCAGAAAAGUUCAAAACUAAAUUGCACGUUUGAUGAGGACACCAACCUCUACUGUCCCAUUUUCCCAAUUGGCUUCAUUGCUGAAAAAGCCGGAGAGAGUUUUGAUAACCUCCGCGAAAAGGGAGGAGUUCUGGGAGUAAUUAUAAACUGGGUGUGUGAUCUGGAUAAAGAUGCUUCCGAAUGCAACCCUCAAUAUUCCUUUAGAAAACUGAAUUCAGGAUAUAACUUCAGGCAUACAAAGUACUUCAUGGAGAACGGUGUUGAAUAUAGGACCUUGACUAAAGUAUUUGGGUUAAGAAUUGACAUUAUCGUCCACGGUGAGGCAGGAAAAUUUAAUAUCGUUCCAACGAUAAUUAAUGUCGCUUCAGCUCUCACAUCCAUUGGGAUUGGAUCAUUCCUGUGUGACUGGAUUUUGCUGACUUUCAUGAACAAGAAUGAUGUUUACAGUGAAAAGAAGUUUGAAGAGGUAAUAAAGACUGGAAAUACAGCAACACAUAAUGAAAAUGGAACUACAGAACAAGAAGUGAGACCAGUACUACCACAAAAUUGCAAACAUUGUUGAUAACAUUACAAGUA